AUGGGGUGUGAGGUGCCGGGGUGUGAGGUGCCGGGGUGUGAGGUGCCGAGGUGUGAGCUGCCGGGGUGUGAGCUGCCGGGGUGUGAGGUGCCGGGGUGUGAGGUGCCGGAGUGUGAGGUGCCGGAUUGUGAGGUGCCGGGGUGUGAGCUGCUGGAGUGUGAGCUGCUGGAAUGUGAGCUGCUGGAAUGUGAGCUGCCGGGGUGUGAGGGGCCGGGGUGUGAGCUGCCGGGGUGUGAGCUGCCGGGGUGUGAGGUGCCGGAGUGUGAGGUGCCGGAGUGUGAGGUGCCGGAGUGUGAACUGCUGGAGUGUGAAGUGCUGGAGUGUGAGGUGCCGGGGUGUGAGGUGCCGGGGUGUGAGCUGCUGGGAUGGAAGGUGCCGGGGUGUGAGGUGCUGGGGUGUGAGGUGCUGGGGUGUGAGGUGCUGGAGUGUGAACUGCUGGGGUGUGAACUGCUGGGGUGUGAUCUGCUGGGGUGUGAGGUGCCGGGCUGUGAGGUGCCGGGCUGUGAGGUGCCGGGCUGCGAGGUGCCCGGGUGUGAGGUGCCCGGGUGUGAGGUGCCGGGGUGUGAGGUGCCGGGGUGUGAGGUGCCAGGGUGUGAGGUACCGGAGUGUGAGGUGCCGGAUAGUGUGCUGCUGGAGUGUGAGCUGCUGGAUGUGUGA